CACAACCCGAAUCUGAUAAUGACAAAGAAGAUGGUAAACUCGAGUCAGCUGUCAAAGUAGAAUUGACAGAUAUUUCUUCCACGUACCUGGGCUACUGGGUUGUUACUCAAUUGCUAUACUCCAUACCUUACUGUAUACACAACAAAUGCCCUGACGCAAACUUGACCAUCCCUGGAAACAUAUGGCUCAGCGGUCAAGCCUAGGCCCUCCCAGGCUACCAGGCCAUGCCAUGCCAUGCCAGUUGCUAGCAGGCUGCCCGUGCUGUCCGGAGACCGGAACCUCGUGAUCACUCAUCAGGCGAGAGAGUCGAAGAUAGUGAGUGGGUUCACCUCGCAUCGACGCAUCCUAUCCUCAAUGGCGUCGUAGGUCGGUGUCUUUUCCUACCAAUUGCCGCACCAAGUUUGGAUUUUGGUGGAGCUAAACUACCUACCUAAAAGUUACGGAUACUCUGUUUGUUUUAUGUCUGAUAAUCUUGAUAAUCUUUUUUUCUUCUCCCUGUCGGGGAACUCUGUCUCUUCUUCGCACAAUUAAUUAUUGACUCUUUAAACUCGCUCAUGUGGCCGUGGUCCGCUUCCGACCGAGCCAAAUCCGCUCGCUUUAUUGAACCCAACUCGAAACUUGAAGAGCUCCGUUAACGGGCAUAUGGCAUUGGAUAACCCGACGUUAACAAAACACACCAUCUUUCCUCUCCCCAACAUUCGUCUAUAACCUAACUAGGUAUUUGUCUAUAUCUGAACCGUGCUUCAGACCCUACCUACAUACGCAACUCCAAGGGAAAACACGCAACAAGAUACCCGGCCCCUUCUCCCACUUUCCCGUGUUAUCCGUAUUUCCCCUGCAAGACAACAUCUCGGAUAUACUGUAUGAGUCUACCGCAGGCCGGUCGUCCCACGGGCAGAGGCGCAGGUGCAGGCGUAGGCGCUGGAGUGACGUCGCCAAUAGCUGGAUUCGGACCCGGAGCUGGAGCUGGAGCCAGAGCCACGCACAGUCACAACCAGACGAGUCGUGGCUUUGCCUCAUGGGGACAUGGACAUGGACAUAUCAAUGGGCACCCUAAUGUCCAUAUUUCACAACAGCCCAAAUACCGAGGCCAGAUGUCCCUUUUGAGAUCAAAUAUAGCAACUCCCCACGUCGCUUGUCUACGUCUUCGCCUACGCGCCCUACAAAAGGCUUCCAUCGUCGCCGCCCUAUCGACGUGCGCCUACCUCUCAGCCUCGUCUAAACUCUCAUCCUACCACGUAUCAAAUAUUGCCUCCGUCGCUCGCCCUUCGACUAAUUCGCUACCACAUCUCGCUCCCUUUCGCAACAAACUUGGAUCUCCACCCCCACUCGUCAAAACUUCAAUGUCGCAGAUACGACCGCAUACGGGCCAAGGCCAAGGACACGACCACAAAGAUGGUCAUAAUCACAGCCACGGCGGUCAUGACCACAGUCAUAGCCAUGGCAUAUUGGGCCACCACCACCAUCACGACAACGCGUACCUAACUUCAGGCAACAAAGACGACCCCGGCGUCCGAAUCACCCGGAUUGGCUUGGUCUCUAACCUGGGCAUGGCAAUUGCCAAAUUCGCUGGUGGAUGGGCUUUCAACUCCAAAGCAAUGACCGCCGAUGCAUGGCAUAGCAUCACAGAUCUCGCAUCCGAUAUCUUGACACUCGCGACAGUUACAUGGAGUCUCAAACCACCAACAGACAAGUUCCCCAUGGGCUUUGGCAAGGUAGAGAGUCUGGGAUCACUCGGUGUCUCGAGCAUGCUCUUGGCCGGAGGUCUUUACAUGGGCUGGGACAGCGGUAUCAGUCUUUAUGGACACUUUUACCCUGAAGCCGCACAUGGUAUCCUGGAACACGUCGGACACGGCCAUAGCCAUUCUCAUGGAGCUGCAGCACUCGGGAUCCCGAGUAUGCAUGCCGCUUGGCUUGCAGCAGGGACCAUUCUGAUUAAGGAAUGGCUUUACCAUGCGACAAUGAAGGUUGCUCGAGAACGUAAAUCGUCGGUUCUUGCAUCGAACGCCAUUCAUCACCGAGUCGACAGUUUAACAGGGUUCGUCACUUUGGCAGCCAUCAUGGGAGCUAAUGCAAUGGAGAACGCGGCGUGGCUGGAUCCCGUCGGCGGUCUUCUCAUUUCCAUCAUGGUUAUCCAGGCUGGUGCCGGAAACACAGUUGCUGCUUUUCGCGAACUGGCAGACCAGGGCAUUGAUGAUGAGAUCAAGUCUUCAGUAACAAAACAGGCCAACAAAGCACUGAAGAACGUGGUUGAAGGACACCAAGUUGCUCUACGCGAAGUGAGCGGUAUCAAAUCAGGCCAGAAUUAUCUUGUGGACCUCGAGAUGACCGUACCUGGUGCGUGGUCUGUUGACACAACACAGCAAGUCGAAGACGCGGUGCGGACUCAAGUCGGAGGGAAAGUUCGCGGUGUCAGAAGAGUUCGCAUCCGAUUCUCGCCCAAGGAGGCUACCGCCAAGGCAAGGUUCGACGACUUUAUCCCUGGAACUGUGGUUCUGCCACCAGAGACCGAAGAGGAUGCGUCUGAGGCAGAGGGCGAGUCGAACCACAAUCAUGAGCAUCACGAGCACCACGAUCACAAGAGUAGUGGUCAUGCUCAUGAACCCAAUGGCUCCCAUGAACAAGGCGACGGUCUCAGGAACAGAAACAAGCAAUAGAGUGGAGGAUGCCCUGUCAGAAGCGAGACUUUAGCCUGGGAUCCUGGGGAUCGAUCACGGCCAUGCUGUAUCUUAUUCUCUUCAAAGCUGCCCUAUGAAUUGGGUACAACACGUCCAAGCCAACCUUGCCCCUUGUUGGCUAGGGUCUAGCUCGGCUUCUUGGGGCCUGAGCUGCGGGCCAGCGGAGCCCAGCCGGAUGGGAGGCCGUAAGAGGUUCAGACUAGGAUCUCUCAAUAACCGGCAGCUGUCGACCUGACCGUCGGUGAAGGAAGGUCGAUGGCAUCUGCAUCUGCAUGUGCAUAUGCAGUGAAAAGUGCACACCCUUUUCUUUCUCAUGAUUUUACCAUCUUGUUCCGGGCCAGUGCCGGCAUUGAUAUGAAGCAAUUGGUGCAAUAGAGCAGACCAUAGACAUGUGUAAUCUAAAAGCGGAAGAGAAGGGAUAAGGAAGUGUGUUUCGCGGGGCGCAUAGCUUAAAAGGUUAGGAGGAAAGGUCUACACUCAUAAAGACAACAGCAACUCAUGAGAUUUGGAUUAGGUAUGCUACACAGACUGUAAUGUGUGUACACUAGAUAUGUACGGAUAGAAAAUGCAGAUAAGAGAGGUGCAUGCAGGUCAUCCUUGUGGCGUUUUCCGUUUUCCGUUUUCCAGCCAAGACGCGCCCCAACAGGAGGAGAACAAGAGAAGUGGAAUCGAACUGUCCGUGAUGCCGAAGAAAGAUGAUGAGAUUCCAGGCGGCAAGGAUGUCACCAAACCUGAAUGACUGACCCCCACGUUUGAGGCUCAUGGCUAUGAUAUAGGUAUACCACCUUGAGCACAUCAAACAAAAUACAUACUCUCGAAGACGGAGUCAUUAGAGAAAUAUUCCAAUGACUUUCUGUGUUUAAAGUCAAGAAUUUUGGUAGAAACUGGAAUCAAUUUCCUCACGCCCCCUUCUCACUGUCAGUUAGAAGCGCUGGUUACUCAUUGGCUUGACUUUGUUCAUGAGGAGCAGCCAGACUUUGAGAGGUCACGGGUUCUAUUGGCCGGGAUAUAAACUGAAGAUGGGACUGGCUGGGGUGGGAGCUGUUGAUGGAUUUAGGCUAAUUGCAAAUAGAGCUCUGGAAUUGAAUGAAGAAGAAAGUGAAGAUUUGAUUGUUGAGAACAUGCCAUGGUAUGACCGUGAGCUUCUGAUGUUAAUAUAUUAUCGUAUUUUGCUCAGGGAUUGGAACUGAAGAUAUUCUAAUGCAUAGACUCAAGAAGAGAGUCACAUAGUAACAAAGACUCUUGGC